AUGGGCCUGUUUGAUAUCGUCCCGAAUCUACUUUCUUCCAUCAUCACCAUCCUCUUCCCAAUCUUCGCCUCCUACAAGGCCCUCCGUACCUCUGACCCCGCUCAAUUGACACCAUGGCUGAUGUAUUGGGUCGUCCUCUCCUGCUUCUCUCUGGUUGAAAGCUGGACUUGGUUCAUCCUCGCGUGGCUGCCCUUCUACUCCUCCCUCCGUCUCCUCCUCCUCUGCUACCUCGUCCUUCCUCAAACCCAAGGCGCAAGGUUCAUCUACCAAACCCACAUCCACCCGUUCCUCGCCCGCCACGAACACGACAUUGACAAUCUCAUCAUCUCCGCCCACGAUCGUGCCAAGUCCGCAGGUCUCACGUACCUCAAGCGCGCAAUCGAGUUUGUGAAGGAGAACCUGCUCGGGAUCCAACCAAAAGCGACACCGCAGACACCGUCAAGCCAGGGAGGCAAUUAUGCGCAGAGUCUGUUGUCCAGAUUCAACUUGCCCAGUGCAAGAGAGGGCUUGGCUGCCCCGGCAGGUGAUUUCUACGGGCUGCUGAGUGCGGCGCUGGGAACGAUAAGCGCUACGGGCGGCACAGGCAGCAGGGAAGUGCAGGCGGAAGACCUCAGUCGAUCUGGCACAUUGAUUCCGCAGGGUAUGACAUCAGCCUCGGAGAAGAUGACGUUCCUGUCUACGCAGAGGGAGAGGCUGAGGGUUCUGCUGUCAGCGUUGGAUAAGGAGGCGGAUGGCUUGGGCACCGAGGCGGCCAUUGAAAGGGAUGUGGAAAAAAGGUUGACGGGCGAGCAGCUGGGAGAGGGGCUGAGAAAGAGUAGGAGUGAAGCGGAGUUUGAGGAGAUUGGGAAGGAUGACCUGAAGGGGGAGGGAGCGAAGCAGCAAGCGAGCGGGUGGAUGCCGUGGGCCUGGGGUGCAAAGGGCGAGAGUGGAAACGUGACCAAAGGCAAAACCAGUGGCGUUGACGCUGGUACCUAA